ACUGCAACAUAGUGAAAGUUGCCGGUCAAAACGAGCGAUAAAAGUGAUAAAUAAUUUGUUUAAAAGAGAAUAAAUUUAUUAAAAUUAACCAAAAAUUUCAACAAAAAAACGACUGUAGACUACACAAUACCGGCGUUGGUUAAUAAACAAAUCUACAAACAUACAUAUAAAGUCAGACAUACAUUCAAGUCUGUGCUUCACCUACAUAUACAUACAUAUAUACAUGUGCCUGCGCCAAUAGGAUAUAUAAAUUUGUGCAUUUAUUGACCGCAAGUACAUUUUCCAUUCUCGAUCGGUUCACCUGCUGCGUACAUAAAACAUUCAAUUUAUUCACUCAUUUCGGUUUGUGAAUUUCACUUGCGGUUUAUCGUCGUUGUGGUUUGUUGUUGUGGUUGCUAUUUUGAUAUUACAUUGCUCACAUAAAUUUAGCGGUAAUGACAACACGCGGUAUUCGUCGCAAGAAAUCGACUUUGACAGAAUUAAAAAUUGCUGUCGUUGGAGCGCCGAGCGUUGGCAAGAGCGCUCUGAUUGUGCGUUUCCUAACCAAACGUUAUAUUGGCGAAUAUGAUCAUCAAACAGAAAAUCGAUACAAACACGAAGCGAUGGUGGAUGGGGAGCCGGUGCUUUUUGAAAUACUAGACACAUGCCCCAAGGCCGAUGACGAAUUCCCUAAUGCCGCCGAAUUACUGCAAUGGGCUGAUGGCCUGCUACUCGUUUACUCCAUCACCGAUCGCUGCUCUUUCAAUUAUAUAAGACGCGCCAAAUCUGACCUACAAUCCGAUUCGCCCGUUCAGCUGGUGGCCAAUAAAGUCGAUAUGGUACAUUUGCGUCAGGUGAGCCGCGACGAGGGUGAAAUUCUAGCCAAAGACUUUGAAUGUAAAUUCAGCGAAGUAUCAGCGGCGGAUCAUGUCGAUCAGGUGGCCGAAGUCUUUCACGAACUGUGCAAGGAAGUGCUGGCGUCGAAGCGAAAAUCGAAACAGAGUCUAUUGGAGCGUAUGCUGGGCGGUGCGCGACCCUAUAGUCGGGGGAAGAGUGACAGUAAUUUGCCGAAAGACUGAUGAAUAUAC